AUGUCAAGCCAUAUGAAAAUCCUAGAUCUGAGCACUAUCGAUCACAACGACAUUUCACAGGCCAUCACAGUUAUGAUAUACCCAGCUCAGGCAACGAGUCGGAGAGCAGGAACCAUCGACAAAGGAACAAACGCUACAGUCCUGGGAGAGAGAGAUUCUCAUCACAGUCGUUGGCUCGUUCUCGCUACUCUCCUUUGGGCCACCACUCAAACUCAGGACUCCCAACUAUCUCGAACUCUCGUCGUGAAAACUCUGGGUCUCCGAGCUCUUUGCCACACCGGAGUUCGAUUAGGAGAUCCCCAAGCUUUAACCAAGAGUUCAGAAAACGUAAUUCUCCAUAUCGAGAACGGACACCCCCUCCUUCACCUAACCAACGCCGAACCCUUGAUCCCAAUGGGGAGGAUUCCCCUCUGUCGAUCAGACCGGCCCUAG